GCAAACCUCAAAUGAACUACAACAAGCUGAGGCAAUCCCUCAGGUAUUACUACAACAAGAGAAUCCUUCACAAAACCAAAGGCAAACGCUUCACCUACAAGCUCAACUUCAACAAGCUGGUGCUGUUCAACUACCUCUUCAUCGACAUGGGCAUGGCGGGAGGGCCAGUAACUCUGAGUGCUCUGCCUAUAACGUCAGGAGAAACACACUUCCGUUUCCCGCCCUGCACCCCUUCAGAUGUUUUGUCUCCACCCACCCUCUUCUCAUCCGUGGCACGUCGUCUCGCCCGUGGAUCAGUCAGUGACUGCAGCGACGGCACCUCGACUAACUCUGAAGUCGAAGAGAGUCUGAGCGAAGAGCAGCACCGACGAGGCCCCGGGCCUGACAUCCCAGCGUUCAGAGGGCCACCACUUCCUCGACUCACUCAUGAGGACAUUUUCAGGGUCUACCCUCAUCCACGGGUGCCAGAACCCCUCAGCCCAUUCCCAGUGUCGCCAAUAGGAGCUCCUACUGGCCUCUUGCUCCCUCAGCUCUCACCUGCACUACCAAUGACCCAAAAUCAUAUGAACUAUACCCCAUCACCUACUCUGAGCCCCAUGUACCCAGGUGGUAGCCAUUUUUCAUUUAAUCCCAAAGACAUAAAGCGUUACCUUCAGGCGCACACGCAGAGCGUGUAUAACUACCACCUCGGCCCACGGGCAUUCCUGCACUACCCCAGUAUUGUGGUGCCUCAGCCGCAACGCCCUGAAAAGCCUCUACAUUUACCCCCUGAUAAACCUCCAUUCAAAUUCAAACUUCAGCCUCCUCCUUUGGGCAAAAAGCAGCGGGACCGACCCCUGGAACCCGGUUCAUCUACCUCCUCCUCCUCAGGGGACCCGCAAAUCAAAGUGGAGCCAAUCUCUGAUGCUGAGGAAGAUGAGGAGGAGCUAAUGGUGGAGGUGACAGACAUCAGUAAAGAAGAGGAAGAAAAUGAGGAUCACAAGGAGGUGUUCAAAGCCCCCACAGCACCAGAGCAAAGACCCCCUCCACCUAUUCCUCCUGGAAGGGAAGAAGAAGCGAUUGGGGCAGGAAGUGAAAGCGGACGCUGCAUCCCCCUUAGGUUGCUCUUCAAGCAACGUUGGAGCGAGGACCUGCGUCUGGAGGCCGAAGGAGGAGCUGGGGAGUCAGACAAAAAAGUGCAAAGUAAUCAGGAGGAGCCAAACCUUCCCCCACAGCCGGGUGCAACCCCAUGUAGGAGGGUGAGCACCGACCUCCAGAGGAACUGUCCCUAGAAAGUCUGGAUUCCUAAUGGAGGACUUGUGGGGCCCAGCGAGGGCAGCCGCUCUAUAUGCAGAUUAGUGCCCUUUGUGGUAUCAUGUUCCAGCGGAAUUUAUUCCCCCAGCCCCAAAAAAAUGACCUUGGGGUCCCCGGAAGUAAGG